AUGUCUGCUACUCUUUUGCGCAACUCCACCGCUCGCGCAGCUCUGCGCUCUGGAGCUUCGGCUUCUCGUGCUGGUCUUGCUGGAACCAGCUUUGUUCGCACCAAGGUCACUCUGCCUGAUCUGUCAUUUUGGGUCCCCGAAGCUAUCCGCACUCUUGCAACCGGCUAUAAGACCAGGCCAUACCUCGAACCUCAGAAGCUUAACGACAAGUUACUAACAAAAAGUGAAGACGACUACGGCGCCCUCGAACCAUCCAUCUCCGGCAAAAUCAUGGAAAUACAUCACAAGGGCCACCACAACGUCUACGUGACCGGCUACAACACCAACAUCGAAAAGCUCCAAGAAGCGCAGGCCAAGAACGACAUUGCAGCUCAAAUCGCCCUUAAGCCGCUCAUCAACUUCCACGGCGGUGGCCACAUCAACCACUCCUUGUUCUGGGAGAAUUUGGCUCCUAAGAGUGCCGGUGGUGGUGAACCCCCCAGCGGUGUGCUUGGUAAGGCUAUUGAUGAGACGUAUGGUAGCUUCGGGGAGUUUCAGAAUAAGUUCAACACUGCUCUUGCUGCGAUUCAGGGUAGUGGUUGGGCGUGGUUGGUGAAGGAUAAGGAGACGGGGGAUAUUUCGAUCAAGACUUAUGCUAACCAGGACCCUGUCGUUGGCCAAUACACCCCUCUUCUCGGUGUCGAUGCCUGGGAGCACGCUUACUACCUCCAAUACCAGAACCGCAAGGCCGAGUACUUCAAGGCUAUCUGGGAGGUCCUCAACUGGAAGGCUGCUGAAAAGCGUUUCGGUGCUUAA